AUGUUUACAUUUAUAAUUCCAGCCGUAAAAUCAGAUUUUUUAGGUUUUAGUAGCCUUUUCGGUAAAAGGAAAAAAAAAAGAUCGUUUUUUUUUUUACCCCCAAUCGAAGAAGAUUCGGACUCGGGAGGCUUUCAAUUCGAUCCGUCCCUCAUAUUAGGAUACACGCGAUAUUGUUCGAUCGUCAAUAACCUUCCGAAAUUAUGUUUAGAAGUUAAUUUAGGUCAGUUGUGGAACAACGAUGAAAGGAUAAUAAAUAAUUUGGAUAGGGAAGAUGUCGUCGAAGCACUUCACACGACGAAAAUAAAUCCCGUUUACGGUCAUCCGACAAGUUUUAAAGAAUUAUUAGGAGAUGUUGUGUACGAUGAUAGGGGAAGAAUAAUCGGUGCUGGAUCUUUACUUAACGUAUGGAUGACUCACGUGAAUUAUUCUGCUGUAGAUAUGGACGAAACGGGAAAUGCUGCUGGUACAGCAGACAUGGUAACGGGGCCUUCUCUAGCGUGGGAACAUGGUUUCCUCGACGUACUUUUAAACGAAUCACAAAAAUAUCACGAUGAUACCGAUUUACGUUUAUAUUACGAAGCGGGUAGAAGUUAUGGAGACAUAAGUAGUGCUAGCAUGUUUCAAGAUGUCGGAAAAUUAUUCGUCGGAAGUUUAUUGAUGUUUUUUUUCGUACAAAUUGCCUUACCGACUCGUUUUAAUUGGGUCGAAUUAAGAUUCGCAUUAGGUUGCGUAGGAUUAUUAUGCAUAGGACUUUCAUUCAUUCUCGCCGUUUCCCUAUGUUCCCUUUUUGGAAUUUUUUACGGUCCCGUACACACUUCGCUCCCCUUUUUACUUUUGGGAAUCGGAGUCGACGACAUGUUUGUUAUAAUUUCAUGUUGGAAACAUUUGACAGUCGCCGAACGGAAAUUACGUCACGAAGAAAAAAUCGCGGUCAUGUUAAGGCACGCGGGAGUAUCGAUAACGGUGACUUCGGUAACGGAUUUAGUAGCUUUUCUAAUAGGUUCACUAACGAUCCUUCCAUCCCUUCAUUCUUUUUGUCUUUACACAGCUGCUGGAAUAUUAUUCAUGUUUAUUUUUCAAACAACAAUGUUUAUUGCAUUUUUAUGCAUCGAUGAAAAAAGGAUUGAUGGUAAAAGGAAUUCUAUCGUUUGGUGUUUGAAACAUGAAAAUUUCAGACCCCUGGAAAUGGCGACGGAAUCCUAUCAAGCUAAAAUUUUCGAAUUUAUUUAUAAAAAUUUUAUAUUUAAAUUACCAAUAAAGAUAUUAGUCAUUCUAGUCACAUUAAGUUUAGCUGGAAUUGGAAUAAAAGGAAAUUUAAAUUUAAAACAAAAAUUUGAUCCGAAAUGGUUUUUACCGGAAAAUUCAUACCUUUUACAAUUUUACAGUCAAAGGAAUCAUUUUUAUCCAGAUGUUGGAAAAGAUGGAGCCGUUUACAUAGGUAGGGUUAAUUAUUCGGAAGAAAUGAGUAAAAUCCACGAAUUAUCAUUGAAAAUGAAAAAUGAAAGUCAAAUAAUAAAAAAUAUCGACACGUGGACGACGAGUUUUAUUAAAUAUACCAAAAAGGGAUUACACGUGGACGUAUUAAAUGAAAAAAUAUCGGAUGAAAAAUUUAAAGAAUAUUUAUCGAAAUUUUUAUGGAGCGCAAACGGUGCGAGAUAUCAGAAAAAUUUCAGGUUCGAUAAGGAAUUGAUUUGCGGCGAACCGACACCUAACAUAACGAUCUCUUCGAUUGAUUUUAUAUUUAAAAAAUUUAGCGGAUCCGAAGAAUAUAUACCGGCGAUGAAUAAAUUAAAAAAAAUUGUCAAAGACGCUAACAUAACUUCCGGUGAUGGAUUUUCAACGGUUUGGUCAAAAGUUUUUGCAAGUUGGGUAACGGAUGAGGUUAUCGAUCGGGAAAUGUAUAGAAAUUUAGGUAUGGCACUUUGUUGCAUAAUGAUAUGUAACGGGAUACUAAUUGUCGACGUACAAAUAUGUUGGUGGAUAUUUAUAUGCGUACUUUUAACAUUGGUUGACGUUUCCGGUUUUGUUUAUUAUUGGGGUUUAUACAUAGACGUUGCAUCGUGUAUAGCACUAGUUUUAGCCGUUGGUUUAUGCGUCGAUUAUGCCGCACACGUCGGCCAUAUUUUUCUCACUUUCCACGGAUCUCGAGAGGAAAGAGCUUUGAAAACAAUUAAAUAUAUAGGUACGGCAACGGCAAAUGGAGCUUUUUCGACACUCCUCGCCGUUGCACUUUUAGGAAGUUCCGACGCUUACGUAUUUCAAACGUUUUUUAAGAUAUUUUUCCUCGUGACCGUUUUCGGUUUAUUUCACGGUAUUGUUUUUUUACCGAUAGUUUUAAGUUUGAUCGGACCUGAACCUUACAAUCAUCAUUCGAAUGAUGAUAUUUCAAAAGUUGUCAAAUCUUCACCACCGCUCCCUCUUCCUCCUUCAACUGUCACGAUAAGAAAAGAUAAUGGAAACGAAUCAUCCGACGAUUAUUUACUCACUCUUUCGAUAUCAAUACAAACACGUAAAUAG